AUGGAUCCCACCAGCAGCAGCUGCAUGCGCAGUCCACAACCUACUGCCCCGCUUUGGGGGUGCCUGCGGAGCACCCACGUGGAUGUCACCACAGCGUCAGGGCUGAACCACUACCCCCCAGCACCGUUCUCCCUCCAUCAAAAAUCAGAUUUUGCUACUUACUCUGAUAUUUCAACCUCCUGCCUGGUGACUGUUCCCCAUAGCUUCCCGCUUGAGGAGCGAGCAUUUGUGGAGCAGCAUCCCUCUUUCCAACACUCUGACUGGCAUUUUGGAGCAACUGAGGCCAGAAGACGACUAAAUCCAAGACUGGCCUUUGGUUCUGGCAAGUCAGAAGGCAGCAGACCAAAGCUAGUGGGCACAGCAGAGGGUAUGAAUGAAGAUGAUGAGGUACCAGAAAAUACUACAAAUGAGACUGAGAAAAAGCCAUCCAAAAGAAAAAAGGAAAACUCAGAAAACCAGAACUCAAGCAACAAGGCAGAAACAAACAGCAAAUCACGGAAGGAAAGGACAGCUUUCACAAAGGAGCAGCUACAGGAGCUGGAAGCUGAAUUUGCCCACCAUAACUACUUGACAAGGCUCAGGAGAUAUGAGAUAGCUGUGAACCUGGAUCUCACCGAGAGACAAGUCAAAGUAUGGUUUCAAAACAGAAGAAUGAAGUGGAAACGUAUUAAAGGUGGGCAACUGGUGUCCCCAAAUGAACAUGACACAGAAGAUGUGGACUCUGCUGCCUCCUCCAGCUCUGACUAG